CUGCCCACCUCCCCUUCCGCUCUCAAUCUCUUUGCUUCCCUGUCUGUUUCUUCUCUGCUAUCAUAGCCAUGCCCAUUUCAAACCCUAACCCUAAUUAAACCCUUAUUGAACAAAAUUCUCUCAACCCUAGUCUCUCUGCAACACGCUGGACCUUUCUCUCUCUCUCCAUCAAUGGCGGGUUCCUGGAACAAAUUGAAGAAAUCGCUCUCUCUCAAGCUCUCUUCUCACUCCGUCCCCUCUUUGCCUCGCUCUCCCGACAUUCCAAGAAAUGACGUCGUUCGGUCUCCGUCGUCGCGCUCCUCCUCCUCCUCCUCUUCCACUUCCAUGUUCUCCCGGAGCUUCAGCACCCGAUCCUCCAAGAAAACAUGUGCCAUUUGCUUGGGAAACCUGAAAACCGGACAAGGCCAGGCAAUUUUCACCGCUGAAUGCUCCCAUUCCUUCCACUUCAACUGCAUUGCUUCAAGUGUUAGGCAUGGAAACCAGCUCUGCCCUAUCUGCCGCUCCAAAUGGAGAGACGUCCCUUUCCAAGCCCCUGCCAACAUUGGUGAUCCUCAAUGUAAUGGCAUGGGUCGGGCCCGUGUCUCUCCCUAUCAUCCUCCUCCUGAAGAUUUUCAUGGCCAAACCCCUCGUAACCUCCAACCACUAUCCCCACAGUCACCUGAGCCACGCCACUUCUCAGAUGAUGAGCCCCUUGUGGUCAACAGUGCAGAGUCUGCAGACCCUACCUCACCUGUCUCACUCUCUCGGCCCCAGCUUGUAACUGUCAAGGCCCUCCCAGAGUUGCCUGCAAUCACUGCUUCAGAAUCCUUCCGCACAUUUGCAGUUCUUGUGGGCAUUAAGGCACCAGCUCUUCUUGAUGAUGCCCACCUUCUUGAUCGUGCUCCCAUAGAUCUUGUUGCCGUGCUGGAUGUUAGUGGCAGCAUGGCUGGCUCAAAGCUUUCCCUUCUCAAGCGUGCUGUCUGCUUUCUCAUACAGAACCUGGGCCCUUCCGAUCGACUUUCAAUUGUCUCUUUCUCAUCAACAGCUCGAAGAAUCUUCCCUCUUCGAAGGAUGUCUGACAAUGGCCGUGAAGCUGCUGGUCUAGCCAUUAAUUCUCUUACAUCUAGUGGGGGGACCAACAUUGUGGAAGGACUCAAGAAAGGGGUCCGGGUCCUUGAAGAACGGAGUGAACAGAAUCCAGUAGCAAGCAUCAUCCUCCUAUCUGAUGGCAAAGACACAUACAACUGUGAUAAUGUCAACCGGCGCCAAACCUCACAUUGUGCUUCCUCCAAUCCAAGACAGGUAUUGGAAUAUCUGAACCUGUUACCUGCUUCCAUCUGUCCUAGGAACAGAGAAUCUGGAGAUGAGGGCAGACAGGCAAUUAUCCCUGUUCACACAUUUGGCUUUGGGUCAGACCACGACUCCACUGCAAUGCAUGCUAUCUCAGAUGAAUCAGGUGGCACAUUUUCCUUCAUUGAAUCUGUUGCCACUGUACAAGAUGCCUUCGCCAUGUGCAUUGGUGGUCUUCUUAGUGUUGUUGCUCAGGAACUUCGGCUCACAGUCAAGUCAGUAUCACCUGGAGUCCAUAUUGAAUCAAUACCCUCAGGAAAAUACUUGAGUGAAAUUUGUGAUCAGGGUCAGCAAGGUGUAAUAGAUGUUGGAGAUUUAUAUGCAGAGGAGGGGAAAGAAUUUCUGAUCUAUCUUACAGUUCCAGAACUUUCAUCUGCUGAAGGUGAGGAAAGGGUGAAAAGGACAACAUUAUUGGAUGUCAUGUGCUCAUACAAAGAUUCGGUGUCAAAGGAAGUUGUCCAGGUAGAAUGCGAGAAAGUUGAGAUAAGGCGGCCUGAGGUUUUGUCUCCUAUGGACAUGAUUGUAUGCUUGGAGGUGGAUAGGCAGCGGAAUCGUCUGUGGGUGGCAGAAGGUAUUGCAGAGGCACAGAGAAUGGCAGAGACCGGAAAUCUAGAGGGUGCAAAGGCUGUGCUGGCACACCGGAGAUCAACUCUCUUAUCUUCGGCAUCAGCUCAAGCUGGAGAUGGUCUCUGCAACUGGCUUGAAUCUGAGCUGAGAGAAAUUAGGCAGAGAAUGGCUAGCAUGGAGUUGUAUGAGCAGACUGGACGGGCUUAUGUCCUCUCAGGGUUGAGCUCACACUCAUGGCAGAGGGCCACAACUAGGGGUGACUCAACAACUCAAAUCACAUUGUUAAGCAGAGAAUGUGGAGACUCAAGCACAAGUGGGGUCAUCGGUUAUGAAACUCCAAGUAUGGUUAGCAUGGUGACAAAGUCACAGACUCUCAACUUGACACCUGCGCAGCAAUCUCGACGACUAAACAAGUCAUGCAGCUUCAAUCCACGAUCUGGAUAAGGAUUUGCAGUCCAUAGACCAUUGCUGUUGGUAAGAAAAUUUUGUCUAUAUGGCAAUAAAAUGAUAGCAUUAGCACAUAGUAAUCUGCUAAUUCAUUAUCAAAAUGUAGGUUUCUAGCUUUAGGUCUAUGUUUUCACCUCUGCCGGAUGUUUCUUGAUCUUUAAUUUGAUUCAUUCCUGGUCAGGAUGGGGUUGCGUAGAAUUCUUACUAGACAUGCAAUAAUUUUUAUUCAGUUUGCAUAUUUGGUUGGGGAAGUCAUCAUUUCCUCAUACUACGAGGAUGUGAAAGAGCUGCAUGAUAAUUGGUGUAAUUUCAGAUGACAAAUUACUGGCUUGAAUAUAGUUUCAUGGUCAGUGUAAAUUAUUAAGCAAUGAGCAGCUUCAUCCUCUAGUUUGACCUUUA